AUGUAGGACGUGUUGCCCCUCCCUACUGUCUGUUUGCACGGACUGUUUGGUGAAACACGGAACUGCUGUUUGCGCUGCUGCCUCCAUCUCUCUGCAGACACAAGACGAAACGAAGAUUAUCAUAUUGGACUGACUGUUGUCACUAUAACGAUGUUCCACUUGCGGGCGUUGUCCGCGGUUGCAGUGGGGCUAGCGCAGUUGUCCCGGCGCUACCACAGCGGUGCGGUGCGAGGGUCUGGCAGGAGGAGGCUGAUGCUUGCAGCCCUGGCUGGGGUGACUGGUGCGACUGCUAGUGCUGGGCUGCUCUGGAAAACAGCAUAUGCAGAGGCAGGGCCUUCUGUUCGACACUCUGAGCAACCAGGCGGAGAGGAGCCUCAUUUCGUGAGGGAUGCCGAUUCUGAGGCAGAGUCUGAGAAAUCGGUGGAGGCCAGCAGCGGAGACGAAGAAGCAAAUGAAGGUGGUGAGGGGGGGAAGAAGAAGAAGCCACGCUCUGGAUUCCGUGACCGCAAGGUGAUGGAGUAUGAGAACAGGAUAAGAGCCUACUCAACCCCCGACAAGAUUUUUCGCUACUUUGCCACGCUGAAGGUCAUCGGAGAGCAUGGAGACGCUGAGGUUUACAUGACGCCCCAGGACUUCAUACGCUCCAUCACACCUAACGAGAAGCAGCCUGAGAGUCUAGGACUGGAUCAGUUCAUCGUGAAGCGCUUUGAUGGAAAGGACUUCUGGCAGACGGAGAAGAUCGCCCAGGAGAGGGAGAAGUUUGCAGAUGAGGACAGCAUAUUUUUCUCGUUGGGCGAAUGCGGCCUUAUCUCCUUCUCUGACUACAUCUUCCUCACCACGGUGCUGUCCAGUGGAUCUAGCAUUGGUGGUGAAUACACUCCCCAGAGGAACUUUGAGAUUGCUUUCAAGAUGUUUGACCUGAACGGUGAUGGAGAGGUGGAUCUGGAGGAGUUUGAACAGGUCCAGAGCAUCAUUCGUUCCCAGACCAGUAUGGGCAUGCGGCACCGCGACCGUUCCACCACAGGAAACACCCUGAAGACGGCUGGCUGCAGCUCCGCUCUCACCACCUACUUCUUCGGAGAGGACCUGAAGGGAAAACUCACCAUCGGCAGCUUCCUGGAGUUUCAGAGGAAACUGCAGCAUGAUGUGCUCAAGCUAGAGUUUGAGAGGAACGAUCCUGUGAACGGCAGAAUCACCGAGAGACAGUUCGGGGGCAUGCUGCUGGCCUACAGUGGCGUCCAGUCUCGUAAACUCAAGCAGAUGCAGAAGGGCUUGAAGAAGAUGUUUAAGGAUGCACAGGGCAUCACAUUUGAGGAGGUGGAGAAUUUCUUCACUUUCCUAAAGAACGUGAAUGACGUGGACACAGCCCUGAGCUUCUACCACAUGGCUGGAGCCUCCAUAGAUAAAGUUACCAUGAAGCAGGUGGCCCGCACCGUGGCCAAAGUGGAGCUGUCAGACCACGUAUGUGAUGUGGUGUUCGCUCUGUUCGACUGCGAUGGAAACGGAGAACUUAGUAAUAGGGAGUUCAUAGCCAUUAUGAAGCAGCGGCUCAUGCGUGGGCUGGAGAAACCCAAGGAUAUGGGCUUCACUCGGCUGGUUCGUGCCAUGUGGAAGUGCGCCCAGGAUACGGCCUGGGACUUUGCCACACCAAAGACAUAAUAGAGACGAGAGGCAACGGGUGAGUGAAAGAGAAAGACGGCGUGUGAAUAAAGCAGCAACAACACCGGCAGCAUCAAAGACCUUCAACAGAUCUCUGCAAUUUAAACAGACAAUGCAAUGGAGUCAUUAGGACUGCAGCUCCGAGGGGCAUCAUCAAUCAUUAUCGCAUGUCGCUAUAGUUUAAACUAUCAAUAUGGUGAUGACUGAAGCAUGCUGACGCGGCGUCCUGUGUCCUGAAAGGCUUCUCCAACUUGCCCGUCAAAGGCAUCAUGGGUAUUUGUAUAUUUUAAGAUUUAUUUUUGCCAUGUUCUAUUGAGGAAUGCAGUGUCAGCAGGUAACUGUGUGACCCUUGGUCAAACGCUAAAAACGAAAAUGUAAUUUCUGCAUUUAACACAUUUUACUGCAAAAGACGAGAAGAGGAAUCAAUUUUAUUUGACCUUCAGUUGUGUAAAUGCCGCAGUAUGUCUGUUCUAUACUGACAACAGACCCUUAGUUAUUUCUUUGGUGGGACAGAGAGCAGACGUCUUUAAUCUUGUUAGCACCCAGCUGCAUCUUCAUUUUGUCCCAUAAAAGAUCAAUGAUGCUUGUCUUGCUCUACAAUGUACUGUUCAAAGUGUGUAUUCUUCUAAUUAUUAUUGCCAACUGAAACACUUUAUAUAAGACGGAUGUUAAAAAGAAAUGCUCUAUUAAAGAUGUUUUUAAUAACGUAAAA